AUGCCCACACCGGGCUACGUCUUUCGCGACGGGGGAGCCACUCCUCCUGCAGAAGAGACCCCAGACUCUGAGUUUCGCAAACGAAUCACCGAGGCCUCAAAGGCUACAACGGCAACAGACAAGGCUCCUCUGGCCCAAAACUCUUCUACAAGCCACCAACUGGCCACUGGUGCAGGUGACCACGAAGAAUUGGGUGCGGCUCAAAAGGCUGGUAGGGAAGAUCGUACAACCAAUUUGGGAUGGCAAGCCAAUGCUGUGGGUGUAGGAACUUUGGUCGGUGGACUGCUCAAUGAAGAUCUGUGGGCGCUGCAAAUGUACCAUGUGAAAGCGAUUCCGGAAGCACCACCUGGAGGGUUGGAUCUUAACAUUGCUGAAGAGGAUGAAUUCUCCCCUGACAAAUUGCGUGCCAACCUCGAACGGCUGUACAUAACGGUCAUUGUCGGCGUCAUUGGUUUUUGGAAACAUAUUGCCAGACUGCGAUCAUGGCGCGAGCCACGUCGAACUGCUGCUUUCGCUGCAGUCUACUUGCUGGCAUGGAUUUUCGACUUUAUCGUUCCUACCAUGUUGGCCACCGUUAUCGUGCUCAUCACUGUGCCGCGCUCCCGCAGCAUCCUCUUCCCUCCUGCUCCGAUUCCCCUCGUGGACCCCAAAACCGGAGGCGUGCAGAAGCCGAUGGCUGGAGUUCUUGGUAGUACUGAUAGUGUGACUGGAGCUCCAGAGAAGCACAAGGGCGAAGCUGUCGAACAGGAAGCCAGCAACCUCGUCAGUGGCAUCGCCUCGGUGGCCAUUUCAAGUGCCGCUGGUCGACAUGAUCAGUCGAAUCCGGACGAUGACGGUGGUAGCAAGACUAUCAACAGUAGCAUGCCUGAUCCUACAAAUAUUGCCACCAGUGCCGCCGAUGCUUCUGCCGCUGCACAGGGUGGUGUUCCGGAACCAACUCAUGACAAGACCAAGCAGCCUAUGGAAGCUGCUGUGUGGGCCAAGAUGCGUCCUACUAUGCAUGCAAUUGGUGAGAUUUCAGAUGGCUGGGAGCGCAUAGCCAACGCUCUAUCUCCCACACCACCAUUCGAGCAGAACAAGCGUCUUCAAUUGGGUGCCAUCUUCGUUCCUCUUCUGCUUCUUUCAUUGUUUGUCAAGGCACAGUGGGUUGUCAAGGGAACGACGUUCUUCACCGGAAUUGCCUUUUUCUCGGACCCCGUUAUGCAACGAAGUAUUGCCCUCUUGAACGAGAAGAUCCCUGACUGGCCAAAGUAUCUGGAGAUCCGCAACACACUGCUCAAAGGUGUACCUACCAAUGCGCAACUUACCAUCACUUUGCUUCGAAUUGGUGAAGCCAACCGAGCUCCAUUGCCUCCUCCGCCGAGAUCGGCCCAACCACCUGCGGACAAGCCGGCAGACGAUGUUGACAAGCAGGCAAUUACCGAGAAUGGGCUCGACGCUACACAUUCCGAGAUUGAAGAUGCUAUUACGGUAGAUCAACCAAGCGGAGAAGAAGCUGGGGAAGCUGAAGAUCAAAAGAAGAAGAAGGGAGGAUUCGGCGCCAAACUCAUGUCUGUUUUCAAGCAUACCACAGCCGGAGGCGUCGAGACGAAGCUUGCGACAGAUUCUGCUCGAGCUGCUCUUGGUUCUCACCAUGCCAAGGAGAAGCUGGGCGUAUUGCCCUCUCGAGAAGAGAUGAAGCAGAAACCUGUCGAAGGACCCGUCGAAUUCAAAGGACGAUACAAUGGCCGGAAGGGAGCUGUGUACGUGGACAGUAGGGUUUCACCGGCAAAUGGUCACCGACCAGCUUCGCCGUGUGUGUACUUCACUACACAUCUUGAUGGAACCGAAGGGGUCGAGAGCAUGCCGCGAGAUCCCGACUGGGCUGUUUCGAUACCCGACAUCGUUGAGAUCAAGAAGAUCGGAGGCAUAGGUUGGAAAGGUAAGAUUGUUGUAGGGUGGGCCACGAGCAGAGAAGUCAAGGAUGGAAUUGAAAUUGUGACAAAGGACGGCAAGAGAUACCGUGCUAUGGCGCUCAGCGAACGAGAUGAAUUGUUCAAUCGACUUGUGGCCAUGGGACAACAGGUAUGGGAGAGCUACUAG